AUGGAUGUUACCCUGUCCGAAAUGCUGGCGACUUUUAUGGAGUCGCCUCUCGUGGUUUGGGUGCGGACUCUCGGGCCUUUGACGUCCAACGAGGAGGCGGGAUCAGAGGACCGGGUCAACAUGUUUAUGGAGCUCGUCGAUGGCGUUUUCCUGCACAAAAUCAUGACGCAAAUCGACCCGAGCCCCACCCACCAGAGACUGAGCAAAAACGUGAACAACGACGUGGCCCUGCGGCUCCACAACCUCACAGUGCUGGUGCGCCACAUACGGACGUACUACCAGGAAACAUUGCAGCAGUUGAUAGUGAUGCCUCUACCCAACAUCCUCUCCAUCGCCAAGGAUCCCAUAUCAGCUAAAAGUAUGGAGGAGCUGAAGAGGCUUUUGUUACUGAUUCUUGGCUGUGCUGUUCAGUGUGAGCGGAAGGAGGAGAUGAUCGAAAAGAUAAAACUGCUGGACAUCGAGACUCAAGGGGCCAUCGUGUCUCACAUUCAAGAGGUGACACAUAACCAGCUGAAUGUGCUGGACCUGUCCUGGGUGGAGGGAGAUUCGGAACUUGUUCAUGAAGAACUGGAACCAGUCUCCCGCAAUAUGGCUGUGUCUCUACGGCAACUCAUUGACCAGAGAGACAAGGCCACCGAGGUGAUAGUGGACCUGACCCAGGAGAGGGACUACCUGAGCAGCCAGCAGCCUCAGGCACACUGCAGGGACCUGGGCCUGAGCAGUCCGGAGCGAGGGGUCAACUCCAAAGAUGCGGCUCUCAACAAUGGGCCGUCUUCUGUGAAUACAGCUGGACUCACGAAGGAGGAGAAGCACCACAUCUCUGUGGAGCUGGCAGAUGCCAAGUCCAAGCUAAGGAGAUUCAGGCAGGAACUUGAGGAGAAGACUGAGCAGCUGAUGGACUCUAAACAUGAAGUAGAGCGGCUGGAUCAGGAGCUGCAGAGAAUGAAAACUGAGCACCAGUCUCUGUCAUCUGAGGCGCGCUCGGCUCGUGUGUACCGGGACGAGGUGGACUCCAUGAGGGAAAAAGCGUCUCGAGUGGACCGUCUGGAGGCGGAGCUGACGCGCUGCAAAGAGAAACUCAAUGACGUACACUUCUACAAGAGUAGAGUUGAGGAGCUUCGUGAAGAUAACCUGACGCUGAUGGAGACUAAAGUCCUGCUUGAAGAACAGCUGUCGGCCUCCAGAGGGCGCUGUGAUAAAUUGCACACACUGGAGAAGGACAACCUGCUACUGAGGUCCAAAAUCAACGACCUGGAAAUGGAGCGUGAGAACGAGCGGCAGCGGUUGGAGGAGCUGGUGGAGGAGAACAUGCUGCUGGAGAUUGGACAAAAGCAGAGCAUGAACGAGUCUGCUCACCUCGGCUGGGAGCUCGAGCAGCUCUCCAAAAACAACGACAACAACACUGAGACUCGUAAGUCUUUGGUCCACGAGUUGAACGAAUGUGUUUCAAGUCGUGUCUUGAAGUUGGAGAAGGAAAACCGCGAGCUCCAGUCGUCCAUUGAGAGACUGAAAGAGGACAACCACAGUCUUCAGGAAAAACAACUUCAUGCACAAGAAGUGGACAGAGAAAACCAAAGUCUGAGCAACAAGCUGGAGCGUCUUCAGGGUUUGCUGGAUCAGGAGAGAAUGACCAACCAGGACAUGGAGUCUCUGGGGGAGGAAAUCCUGAAGGAAAAACAAACGUUAGAGCGAGAAAUGCAUAUCCUGAAGGCGGACAAAGACAGACAGAUCUUGGAGUUGGAGAGCGAGAAGAAGCACCUCUCUGACGCAAUGGCGGCUCUCCAGCAGCGCGCUCAGGCCAACAGCGAGGCCCGAGUCCGCGAGGUGGAGACGCAAAACCGACAAUUGCACCAAAACAUCAGCGAGUCCAGCUCCAAACUCGUCAGCAUGGAGACACAGCUCAAACUGGCCAACGAGGAGGUGAAGAGGGUGAAAGACAAAGCUUCGCGCUGUGAGGAGGUGGAGAGGGAGGCGGCGAGGCUGGAGAGGAGCAGAGACGCGCUCCACAGAGAGGUGACUUCUCUGCGUGCCUGCAAUGAGCGAUCCGAAACACUGGAGAAGACCGUCUCUUCUCUAGAGCAGGAGAUCCACAGGCUAAAGCGCGAGGCUGAAGAAUCCCAGAAAGAAGUCCUGCGCCUGGGCAAGCACGAGUCUGAACACGGCCUGCUGGCGAAGGAAAACCUGGAGCUCCGAUGCUCGAUGGAAAACCUCCGCUCCACAACCGCUCGUCUCUCUUCGCUGCAGGAAGAGCAUCAAGAAGUGCAGAGGGAAAGACAGGAGCUGAAACGGAAGCUGGAAGAAGCCCAGGACUUGGCACAAGCUGAGAAAAAGCGAGUGGAAAGGCUGGAAGCAAAUAUGGCGUCUUUGAACCAUGAGAAACAUCGAUUGGUGGAAGCUUUAGAAAGAGAAAAAGAGGAGAAAGAAGAGAACGAAAGGGAAAACCAGGAACUGAAAAGCAGGGAUGAGGAGUUGAGGAGAGAUCUGCUGGAGAUGAAGAUGCAAAGAAAACACUGGGAGGAGACGGACGAUGAGAGAAAGAAGCUACAGAAAGACUUUGACCAAUCUGAGAAAAGCAGGAAGCACCUGGAGAAGGAGAGCUGGCGAAUGAGGACACUGUUGGAGACGAAAGAGGCGGAGCUAGAGGAGAAGAGCAGGCGAGUGUUGACGAUGCAGAAAGAGGGAGCGGCUCUGAAGAAGGAGGUGGAGCGGCUGAAAGAGAUGUCGAUCAAAGCCAAAGAGGCGGAGCGGGAGAACAAGGAGCUCCAAAAGCAGGCGACCAUCGACAAGAGGACGCUGGCCACGCUGAGAGAGGAGUUGGUGUCCGAGAAGCUAAAUUUCCAGCAGCAGAAUGUAGAGUUGGAGCGUCUCAAUGAAGAACUGGAGAAGAUCGGACUGAACCGAGAGAAACUACUGCAACAGGAGCACACCAUGGAAGACAGCAGGUACCGGCUGCUGGAGUCUCGUCUGGAAGAAACUGUCCAGCAAACAAUGAAGCUGAGAGAGGAAAAAAUAUUGAGUUUGGAAAAUAAACUGGAGGAGAUCAGUGGACUGAACACCUCUCUGCGCUCUGAGCUUUCCACUGUCAGACAAACAUUACCGCUGAAACAGGAGCAGGAACAAAACCACAAUUCCCAGAAGCACACAGGAAACAACAGAGGUCAAGAGUCGGCCACAGCAGAGCUGCUGCGAAUCAAAGAUCACCUGAUCCACGUGGAGAAGAAUAACUCCUCGCUGCAGACAGAGAGCAGUCUGUUGAAGGAGCAGCUCAAACAACUGGAAAAUCAGAAUAACUCGCUCAACAACCAGAUCUCGACUCUUCAGCGUCACACAAGCACGCUACAGGAGCAGAACUCUGGGCUGCAUACACAAACGGCCAAACUACAGGUGGAGAACUCGACCCUGUCCUCUCAGAGUGCGUCUCUCAUGGCCCAGAAUGCCGUGCUGCAGGGCCAGGUGACGGCACUGGAGGCUGAGUCGGAGGCAUGGCAGCGGCAGAGGGAGGAGGCGUCGAGAGGCCGAGAGAGCGUGCUUAGUGACCACGAACGCCUGCUCAACGUGCACGAGAGACAAGCGCAUGAGUACGAGGCGCUGAUCAACCAACACGCAGCCCUCAAGACCAAGCAGAGGGCGCUGGAGAACGAACACAGAACUUUGCACAACAAGUACUGUUCGUUACUGCAGCACAAAGACAAAUGGGAGAAGCAAGAAGGACAGGGCCAGAAGGAGAAGGAGGAGCUCAGCCAAGAAGUUCAGAAGAAUCGACUUUUACAGCAACAAAAUCUGCAACUCAAGAGUGAAGUUGAUCGGUUGACCACGUGCCAGUCCCACCACGCGGAGCAGAGUGAAAGUUUGCAGCAGAGGCUCCUGGAGCUGAAGUCGUCCCUCAGCGCGGCGCAGACCGAGGCCGGACAUUGGAUGUCCCGAUACGACUCCCUGAUGGAGCAGCACCAAGGCCUCGACAUCACCAUGACCAAAUUGGACAACCAUUGUGAGCUGUUGAGUCGACUCAAAGGAAACCUGGAGGAAGAAAACCACCAUCUCCUCAGUCAGAUCAAUCUGCUGAGCCAACAGAACCACACUCUGCUGGAGAGGAGCAUGGAGAGCAAGGAGCUGUACCACCAGGAGCAGAAACUCUACAUAGAUAAGCUGAACGCUCUCCGACGCCAAAAAGAGAAACUGGAGGAAAAGAUCAUGGACCAGUACAAGUUCUAUGAUCCCACCCCCAAAAAGAAGAGUCAGUGGUCUGGCGCCAAAGCUUUGGUCAGACUGAUCAAACCGCGAAAGGACACGAGCCGCGAGCGAGGUGACCGAGAUAAGGAGAGUUCCAAUCAGAGAGAAAGGGCCAAAAGUGCCCCUGACAUCCCACUGCCCGCCCCCCCGCCUCUGCUUCCCCCUGAAACCCCCCCACCGGUGCCCAAGCGGACCUCCAGCGACAAUGUCCAUGGCAACGGCAUCAACGGAAUUGUCAUCCACGAGAACCACACCCCAAGCCUGGGGCCCCGUAGCCCCGCCCUCACUCCCAUCAGCAGAGGAGCCAGUGGUCGAAGCUUCUUUCUUCCUCUCAGACUAAAUGAUCGAGGCCGCGCAGGACAGAGAGGCAGCACUCCUGCAGGCAGCAAUGAGAGCGUCAACGGAGAGGACGGCCACGGACACGCGUACAGAGCCCUGAGCUCCACUCCCAACCAUCAGUCAUCGUCUGUGGGUCUGAACAGCAGUUCCAGACCAGGACCCGGCCGCAGACCCAGAGGUCAUAUGUACGAUGAAGAUUCUCGCCACACUUCGACAGACUCCAUGUUUGGUUUCCAUGGUAGCACAAGUGGGCGCCCAGGAUCAGCGGACUAUAGCCACAACACGUCAAGCUCGAACUCUCCCAUCAACUGCAGAGACCCUGCGGAUCGUCAGGGGCGCUCGGCCAGUCUCUCCAGCGAUGACGUCAUAGGUGUCGGCCAAUCGCAUCCGAGUUUGUCACGUAGCUCCACCCUACCGUAUGAACACUCGCCACAGAAAGCCCAGCCGCAGAGAGGCGUGCCCAGACCCAAACCCCGGCCUGGGUCCCCUGGGAGCGAGAUGGUGACGCUGGAGCAGUUUCUACACGAGAGCAACAUCCAGUCCCCUCCUGUGGUGUCGACCGGAAGCCGAGAAGACUUGAUGAGCGACUAUUUCACCCGGAGCCCUGCCCACUCCACCUCUUCUGCCCGAGAGCAAGCCACGCCCAUGAGCUACGUCACCCCCACUGUCCAGCUAACAUCCAAUCAGCGACCGGGACAGACCGUGAAGCCCUCCCCUCGCCUUCCGGUCGGCCAAUCCCCCGCCUCCAGCCAAACCGUAAUCUCGAGAAACGGUCAAUCGCUGAGCCGGACUUUCAGCUUGGCUUCUGCCGACUUGCUGCGGUCAAGCGGCCCUGACGGUUUACGGGGCCACGAGGGAUCCGUGGGCCAAUCGGACGCGGUGCUACGACGGCCGGGGGGAGGGGCUACAGCUAGGGAACGCCCACUUUCCGCACGCAUUGCUGGGCCAACCACUAACCACGCAGAGUCUGGCUUUUUGCACACUCCCAUUCACCAUUCCGCUUCGCUAAACUUACAAACAGAUAGAUACUUGGAAAGAGGAAGAUCUACUACCACUACAACAACUUCUACUACAGCAAAAAGCAGCGCAAAUUAUCACCGAGGAGAGGUCGCUAUGGUGACACCGGUGCGAGCCGUGACCGCACCUGAUGAGGAUCCAGCGGGAGGUGAGGGGAAGAAAGAUGACCGCACACGAUGCAGCUCUGCAGAGAGACCGAAAAGCACGCCAGCAUCUCCAGACCCAAGCAAUGAUCCGCAAACUGUGUGGUAUGAAUACGGGUGCGUGUAA